AUGGUGAAGCUGAAUUUUGAUGAGGCGAGAAACCGAUCGCGCGAUGAGCGCGAACUCUUAGCCGCCGUGUACCCGUGCCAGUACUUACACGCGCUACGUGGGCUGGUGCUGACGGCUGUGCCAUCGGUAGCAACGGCGCGCGUGCGUUCGGCGCAGGCGGGUGGUGGGCGUUUAGGAGGAGGCGCGGUGCUGCGCGAAAUGCGGUUCCCCGCGACGGCGGUCUCGAAGAUGACGGUUCGCCAACCGUCCAACUGCGAUCGUACUCACGCGCGCGUCUCAAUGCAGCGAUCCUGCGGGGUGUGGAGACGUACAUGCUUUCUGCUCAAACGGAAAGACGGCGGGCGAGUGUAUCUUGAGAUGAAAAUUUUGAGUGGUUGUUGUUGA